UCUUUUCAAAUUCCAAGUGUUUAUAUUUUCUUUCAUUGGGGGUUUCAGGAAUUUGUUAAUGGGUGUCCCUAAGCAGAAAUGGACAACGGAAGAAGAACCUGCACUCAAGGUAGGAGUUCUUAAGCAUGGUACUGGAAAAUGGCGCAUUAUCCAUUCAGAUCCUGUGUUUAGUUCUGUCUUGCGUUCACGCUCAAAUGUGGAUCUCAAGGAUAAAUGGAGAAACAUAAAUGCAACGGCCAUAUGGGGAUCAAGGCAAAAGGCCAAGCUUGCUCUUAAAAGAAAUUAGCUGGCCACUAAACAUGAUGACAACCCCAUGGCUCUAAUCAUUGUACCUCCUAGAGACGAGGUCAUUGAUGCUAAGCCGCUUGUAGUUUCUAGUAGAACACCGAGGACAACAGGUUCCAAAAAAACAAUUCCAAGGUUA